AUGAGCAGAAGAGGCAAAAAAGACAGUAAAGCCAAAGCCAAGGCGAAGACCAGCUCCUCCUGUGCUGGAUUGCAGUUUCCAGUAACCCGUGUCCACCGUCUGCUGAGGAAGGGCAACUAUGUGAAACAUGUGGGGACCAGAGCCCCUGUUUACUCAGGGGCUGUGCUCGUGUAUCUCACUGCUGAAAUCCUCGAGCUGGCUGAAAACACUGCCAGGGACAAUAAGAAGACUCCUAUUAUUCCCCAUCACCUGCAGCUCGCUGGCUGCACUGCCGAGGAACUCAACAAACUGCUGGGCAGAGAGACCAUUUCUCAGGCCGGCAUGCCUGAGAGAACCAUUUAG